AGGCGAUAAACGAUAACACGCGUAAAAAUCUUCUGCGCGAACGACUCAUCAACAGUUUUCUCUUGCCGAGAAAUAUUUGAUUUUCGCUUGGCUUUUAAGUUCGCGGAGUGGAUACAUUGCAGCGGAAGGCUUUUAAAAACUUAACUUUUGGCGGACGACGAUCGCCGAUUGCAGUGGGAGUGGGAAAAUGCAAAAUGCGGCACUUUGUUGAGGAAUAUGCACGAUUGCCGCACGACGACGUCAUCCUCAGUCACAAACACACACGCACACACCACACACAAUAAACCAGGUGUGCACGGAGAAUUCAAAUUCGUUGAGAUAUUGUUGUAAAUUAUGAAAGCAAUUUAUCAAGCGGAAAGUGGAAAUCGAAAGAGCUGGAUAAAAGGGGAAGCAAAAGGAGGAAGUACGCGAGAAACAACAACUGCGACGGCGGCGGAGCGACAGAGAGAGCGCUGCAGAUAAACGCGCCUUGAGCCGAUCAACGAAUACACAAAGCGAGCGAAAGAGAGGGAGACAGAGAGGAAUAGAGAACAGCCGAGGGCAAAUAAUUAUCUCUUUUCGCUGGAUAUCUUUUGGUUUUUUUGACCUCUAGCAAACUAUUCCCUCGAGCAUUUCUGUAGAGCGGAAAUCCCCAGAGGGAAAUGGACACCCGCGUGGAACUGGAACUGGAGCCUGUUGGCAAACAGGAUAGGCCAAAGGAUCAGCCAGAGGAUGAGAAUGAACCGCUGGAAAGCCAGCUGGAGCUGGAGCAGGAGCAGAAGAGCCUGCUCACGCCGGUCAAGAUUCCCCCGGCUCAGGUCGCAAGUUCCGAUCAGGAGGCCUCGCCCAGCACCCCACCACCCAUGAGCCUGCAGCCGGGAACAUCUCGGCAGCUUUUCAGGGACGCCGCCAUGGCGCACGGAGGCCAGGAGACCACAUCGCUGCUGCAGCAGGAGCUGAACAGCAUAGCUGCCACCCAAACGCCUGCCUCGAAACUCAGAAGCGCCAGCUCCACGCUGGAUGCCAGUGUCUCCCGGAAUCCCUCCACCACGGGCGGGAAGCACGAGAAGAAGCUGGGCCACCGGCGAGUGGCGGAGGGCGGUGAGGUGACCUACAAGAAGAUCCAGUCCAAGCAAAUCAUGGGCUCCAUUCAGCUGGGCAUCCAGCAUACGGUGGGCAGCCUGGCCAGUAAGCCAAAGCGGGAUCUGCUAAUGAAUGACUUCUGGGAAAUGGAAACGAUUUCGUUUCCGCCAGAUGGUUCCUCCAUAACACCUGCCCAUCACUACAACGACUUCCGCUUCAAGGUCUACGCACCCAUAGCCUUUCGCUACUUCCGAGAUCUGUUCGGAAUCGCACCAGAUGACUUCCUCAUGUCCAUGUGUGCGUCUCCCCUGAGGGAGCUUUCCAAUCCGGGUGCCUCUGGUUCCAUAUUUUACCUGACGACCGACGACGAGUUCAUUAUCAAGACGGUGCAGAAGAAGGAAUGCGAGUUCCUGCAAAAACUUUUGCCCGGUUACUACAUGAACCUAUCGCAGAAUCCUCGAACGCUGCUGCCCAAGUUCUUCGGACUGUAUUGCUUCCACUACAACUCGAAAAACGUGCGGUUAGUAGCCAUGAACAACCUGCUGCCCUCAGACAUUAAGAUGCACUGCAAGUACGACCUGAAGGGAUCUUCCUUCCGACGAAAGGCCUCCAAGGCAGAGCGACAAAAGGCGAGUCCCACGUUCAAGGACCUCGACUUUGCUGAGCACCAUCCGAAUGGCAUAUUCCUGGAGACGGACAAGUACAAUGCAUUGAUGAGCACCAUUAAGCGGGACUGUAUGGUGCUGGAGAGUUUUCAGAUUAUGGACUACUCGCUGUUGGUGGGAAUCCACAACCUGGACCUGGCCGCCAAGGAGAAACGCGAAGAGCGAAUCCUAAAUGCGCGCGCCAAGCUGCAGCGCAAGGAAAGCGCAGCUCAGGGACCACCCUCCUUGAAUCCGGACGACGAUGCUCCGGAAGCGGAUCAGAAUCAGCUCCAUGCGGUGGCCUCAUACGCCUCCAUACCGGGAACUUCGGCUGGAGCUGCCCUGAAUCGAACACGCAGUAUGAAUCGUCAGCGUUUGGUGGCUCAUUCCACUGCACUGGAGUCCAUUACGGCUGAUAUGGAUGUGCCGCUCGAGGAGGACGAGGACGUACCCGCCGGCGGCAUCCCGGCUCGGUCUGAAAACGACGAGCGGUUGAUCCUGUACAUCGGCAUCAUCGACAUUUUGCAGUCGUAUCGCCUGGAAAAGAAGCUGGAGCACACAUUCAAGAGCAUUCUGUACAACGGAGACACGGUGUCCGUGUGCCGACCCUCCUUCUACGCCAAGCGCUUCCAGGACGCCAUGGGCAAACAGGUGUUCAAGAAGACGCCCACAUUUCCACUGAAACAUUCCCCCUCCAAGCGCAAAACCUCGACCACGCAACUGCGCUCGCCGGCAUCGCGCUUGCCGCCAUUGAGUACACCAACAAAUGCAGUUCGUCAGCCGAUCAUGACGAUGUCGGGCAUGUCAACGCCGCCGCCGGCCUUUGAUGACAUUUCGGAGGAGGACAUAACCGCCGCGUCCACCAGCUCGCUCCAGCAGCAGAGGAGCAGCAAUCAGUCGAACAACAAUCGGGGCGAGGCGGAGGUGGCCCUCAGGGAAGGAAGCAACACGAGAGGAGGCAGCGGAGAGCCCAGCAGCACCUAUCACACUCAAUACUCGUACGACAGCUCCGGGCGAACAGGAAGCGCCUUGACCAGCGACUACAGCGACGACGAGUCCACCGGAACGGAUCUGAGCUCGCGGUUGCACAAGCUGCGCACCCACCGCCUAACAAAGACGAGUGUUCAGGUCACGACGGUUGGCUAUGUGGAGGGGGUGGACACUCCGCCGAAGGGCGGGCAGGAUGUGGUGCACGCAGAUGUCAAUGGCAAGACCUCCAUGACGACCACCACCAUGCUCACGACGACAAAGACGGCCCACAUCCAGGCGCCCAGCUACACGUCCACGCUCGUGCUCAACGAUUUGCCGCGUUGAUCUCCUGAGCGGGAUUCGGCGGGAUAUGAAAGGAAUCCUGAGCAGCAGCAGGAGCAUGUAUAUAUAGCCCAAUGUGUAUGUGUGUCUGCAAGGUGAAAGCGUCACUUCCACGCCCAAAAAGCGAAAUUCUGAAAACGAGCUCGUUUAUCUUGAUUAAACACAAAACCGAAAAGCGAAUAGGUAGUCGAUAUUGAAAUUUAUGUGGCGCCCGUGCUAAUUAACUGCCAACCAGACACGCCCCCCACUCGCCCCCUACUCUCCCCCACCCAUGCACACUGCUGGGGGAUUCCCGGUGCCUACUCAAAUUUAUAAUUAUUAUUUGGCUUCUACUUGGUGGGAAUUUGUUAGCGUGUUGCCUUAGCUGAAGUUUGUUUUAAUUUUUGAAAUUAUUGUGCACGACAAGCGAAUGGCUCAAUCGAAAUUGGUAAAAGGGUUGAGAAGAGACGAUGUGAAAACUCAGUUUUUGUCUACUAUGUGUGUAUGUUGCUGUAUUAUAAAGUGCGUUUACGUAUUCUAAGAUGCUCAUGUAAAUAAAGGAACGAGAAUAAAUACCUAUAUCGA